CCGGUCACGUGAGGCCAGUGGGCGUGGCUCUUCGCGCCAGCCGCAGCGGCGCGCGGGGAGGCCGGAGGUGAGCAUGUUCCGUAUCGAGGGCCUGGGGCCCAAAAUGGACCCGGAGGAGCUGAAGCGGAAGAUGCGCCGCGAUGUCCUCAGUUCCGUCCGCAACUUCCUCAUCUAUGUCGCGCUGCUGCGGAUCACUCCUUUCAUCCUGAAGAAGCUGGACAGUAUAUGAACAUUUAAGACUCAGUAUAUGAAAACAUUAAAUGGACUGUAGCUGCUUUCCUGUUUACUAAUUAAGCAUUGUGAUAGAGGCAGUCAUCCAAUACUAAAUGAUUCUAAAAUGUUUCACUUAAGCAUAUCCGACCUGAGAAGGAUAGCCUAUUUGGGAGUAUGGGGAAGAUGCCUGUUCCUGCAGGUGAAUUCUGGUCAAAGAAUACUCCUUAGUGUCAUCAAGUAAUGACUUGUGAUGGAACAUUUCUUGUACUGUUUUGAAAAACUCUCCACCUCCAUUUUGUACAAAGUAUUAAAUGUUAGUAAGUUCUUUUUAUUAUGCAGCUACCUCUAAAUUGCCACAUGCUAUCAAUCUUACAACCUGUCUGUAUGAAAAACGAAGUUGUUAAUGAAUCCAGCUCACAGCAGCUUGAUUUGAAAUAAAUGGAAGAGCAGUUGUGUCACUUAA